UACACAACAAAUUCAUCUUCGCUCUUCGCCCCACGAGCAGCUCCCUCGUUUUCAAUCCCCACACGACGUUGACCCCGGCCCUUUUCUGAAGAACGAGGCACAGAUAGCCAGGAGAUACACGCGUCAGCAUACAACCCCAGUGUGGACAGCGUCGGACGAUGUCUCUCAGCAACUUGUCGGUGAUGAGCAGCGGAGGACGAGCGAUACUGCAAGGCUCCAGCAAGCUCAGCGGCAGACUCCCUCGCCCCCAGGUUCAGCUCGAGCAGGCUCAGCAGCAGCAGGCCUACCUCGCCGCCCGGGUUCAGCGCAUCAACGCCACGAUCGAAGAGCUGUACCCCCGGACAGCCGCCGUCAAGGACCCAGAGGCCAGGAGGGAGGUGGAGCUAAGGCUGAAGGGGCUGGCCCGCCACGGGCUGUUCGUCACCGAGACCUGGCGAGAACUCGACGCGAUUCUCGCGGAGCGCAGGAGGGCGUUGUAGAGUAAAAGCUGCUCUCGAAGCUUUCCUUACGGGAGACGGCUCCCUCCAACAGACGACGGACAUUACCCCUCUCCUUUCGUCUUUCGGUAGAAUUCUCGCCUCUCCGGGAAACCGGGUCUGAAGUUGAGUAGGCGUUGAAAAAAACUUUAGAGACGGGUGUGAUUGUUGGUCUACAUGUCGUGAAUUCUGCUAACGUCAGACUAUUUCCAGCAGUCUUUCCUCCCAAGUGUUUCGUUCCAUUUGGUCCCUCGGGUUUCCUUUUUUCGGGGAGGUAACGGGGGAGACGCACGCAGUUCACACGGAACGAAAACAAAAAUGAGUGAUGGAUGUAUUGUGUGAUGGGGUGAUUUGGUGUCCCACAAGUCAGCAGCGAACGACCAGUCGCCGAAACGCGCAUUCGGCAGCCGCACGGAUGGGACGGGGAACGUUGCAUUGUGCUGUGUAUUGAACCAUGUAAAGAUGUAUUUCAAGUGAACCACCGUCGAAGGCGAUCGACUAUUUAAGUCGAAGAAAAAACAGCAGUGUCAAUAUUUGCAAUGUUGCCUUGGUAUUUUUUUCGCCAACCGCGAGGAAAUACAGCGGGCAAUGAAUAACACUGCGGCGGGAGUGGGGG